GGGAGGAAGGGCAGCGGGUCGUCAAUUUAAAGCCAGGCUUUUCCAUGGUCGGUAAAACAGUUGCGCAGCGAGGAAAUUUUUAUCGGCUGCAACUAUCGGAAGCAGACGCGGCGAACGGUGUCAUUGUCAGCUGUUGCUCCUCCAGUCAAGAUCGAUUCAAGCUGAUCUGUUUCGAAGCGGACGGCAGUGUCCGUUACAUGCAGGAAAGCAGCCCGCAUCACGAGAAGAAAGACACCGUGGCAGACCUGCUCUUGGUGCCCUUCCAGACAAUCACCUCAUACGGGACCAGCGAAAAUUAUGAGAUAAAGAAAACGGAUCCCCUCCUCUUUUCCCGCCUCAAUAUCCUCACCCUGGAGGCUCGCUCCAUUCAGGCUGGGGAGCAUCUGCUCUGCGUGUACGGGGACAAUU